UAGACUUUUUGCGUCCCUCUUCGUUCUCUCUCACCUCACCUUCCACACAAGCUUCUCUCUCUCUAUUUUCACGUCCACUCCAUUCAUGGCUUCUGCUAUCAACGAACGACUCUAACCUCAGAGUCUAACUCAUAAGGGAGAGGAAGCAGAGGAUCUUUCAAGCAUCUUGUACAGAGUUGGACCACAUUUUCCUUGAUGUUGCAGGCUCUGUCAGAGAUUUCUUGAGUUCUUUUCCCCAGGGUUCAAUUUGUUCCAAGGAUGAGAAACUUAAUACUAAUGACGAGUGCCAGACGUCCCAGUAGAUGCAACGACUGCGGAAUUACUGGUUCCAUUUGUGUUUAGUUGCUUCUAGCCUGGCGGAAAAUCCAUAAAUUUAUCUUUAGAGAAUGCUGUUCUUCCAGUCCUAGAGCUUUUCAUGAGUAGAUUUCAGUUGACUCUCGUUGGUUAAGCUGGCAUCUCUCUUCUUAAAUACAAAUUGGAUUGCGUUUGGAGUCUUGACAGAUAGCAGUGAUCUCUUGGUGCUUGACUCCUUAGUCUUUUCCUGGGCUUUGUUCAAUGUCUCCAAUGAAAUCCCAAGAAGCCACUUCUGCGGCUUCUCCAUGUAGUUAUCAUGUAUUCUUGAGCUUCAGGGGCGAGGACACUCGCAAGACUUUCACCGAUCACCUCUACACAGCUUUGGACCAAGCCGGAUUCCGCUCCUUUAGAGAUGAUGAUGGCAUAGAAAGAGGAGAAGAUAUCAAGUCUGAACUCGAGAAAGCUAUUCGAGAGUCGAGGAUUUCGAUAAUUGUCUUGUCAAAGAACUAUGCCUCGUCAACUUGGUGCCUCGAAGAGCUUGUGAUGAUACUUAAAUGCAGGGCUUCUGGACAUUUCGUUCUACCUGUCUUCUAUGACGUGGAACCGUCUGAAGUGAGGAAGCAAAGCGGCAGUUUAGAAGAAGCAUUUACAAGGCAUGAAGAGAAGCUCAAAUCAGAAACAAAUGAACUGGCGAAAGAGAAAUUGAAGGAUAAGGUGGGUACAUGGAGGGCUGCGCUUAGAGAAGUUGCAGAUGUGGCCGGGAUGAAUUUACAAAAUCAAGUUGAUGGACACGAGGCAAGGUUUAUCCAGAAAAUUAUAAAAGUGGUUGGAGAUAAGCUAAGAUGCACAACCUUGAACAUUGCGCCCCACUUGGUUGGAAUAUAUUCACGGGUCAAAAACAUUCAGCUUUGGCUAGAAGGUGGGCCAAGUAAUGUUGGCAUAGUUGCAAUUUGUGGAAUGGGUGGAAUAGGCAAGACAACCACUGCAAAACUUCUGUAUAAUUUGAACUUCUCGAGAUUCGAAGGUAGUAGUUUUCUUGAGAAUGUAAGAGAAACUUCACGACAACAAGAUGGUUUAGUUCGUUUACAAAGAAAGUUUGUUUCAGACAUUUUGAAGACAAGGAAAGUAAAACUAAAUAGUAUUUCUGAAGGAACUGCUAUGAUUGAAGAUGCCAUAAUUUGCAAAAAAGUUUUUGUAGUUAUUGAUGAUGUGGAUAAACGUGAACAAUUAGAUGCACUACUUGGAAUGCAACAUUGGCUUUUUUCAGGAAGUAAAAUCAUCAUAACCACUAGGUUUGAGCAGUUACUAGGGGCUUUUGAGUUCUAUAAGGUGCAUAGGGUUGAAAAUCUAAGUAACGAGGAAUCCUUGGAGCUCUUUAGCUGGCAUGCCUUUGGAAAAUGUUCUCCUAACAAUGGAUAUGGAGAGGUCUCAAAAAGGGUGGUAAGCUACUGUGGAGGGCUUCCAUUAGCAAUUGAAGUUCUUGGUUCUUCUUUGUCAGGGAAAUUCUUAAACGUAUGGAAAAGUCAAUUAGAAAAAUUGAAAGCAAUUCCUGACGGUCAAAUCCUUGAAAAACUCCGAAUAAGCUAUGACUCUUUACAAGAUGACCACGACAAACGUCUAUUCCUCCGUCUUGCCUGUUUUUUUGUCGGAAGGGAUAAGGAUUCUACAGUUACAAUCUUAGACAGUUGUGAAUUUUACACAGUGGUUGGGAUUCAAAACCUCGUGGAUAGAUGCCUAAUAUCGAUUGAUGAAAGUAAUACACUGGUAAUGCAUCAUUUGCUUCAACAAAUGGGAAGAGAAAUUGUUCGCCAAGAGUCACCAAAGGAGCCAGGCAAACGUAGCAUCCUCUGGAAUCAUAAGGAUGCAUUUAAUGUUUUGAAAGAAAACACCGGCACAAACGAAAUAGAAGGCCUCAAACUCGAUAUGUGUCUUUUCAAAGAGGAAGGAUAUACGUGUACGGUUUUUGGUGAUAAUAGAAAACGUCGCUAUGAAGAGUACCUUGGGAAGCCCUUAUUGUCAAAUUUGGGUGGUUCCCUUAAAAGAUAUGGUUUCAGUAUCUUCUCCUCUAACCUCAAGCCCACAGAUUCAGAAAAUUCAAAUCGAGUGGCUUUGGAAGCUGAUGCAUUUGCAAGGAUGAACAAACUAAAAGUUCUGCAGCUCAAUGGUGUACAUAUUAGUGGGUCCUAUAAAAAGUUUCCCAAAGGAUUAAGAUGGUUGUGCUGGCGGGGAUUCCAACUUGAGUCCAUAUCUGGUGAUUUCCCUUUGGAGAGCUUGGUUGCUCUUGACAUGCAAUAUAGCCGCUUAAAAAAUGUUUGGGAAGGAACCAAGUUUCUAUGGUUGUUAAAAAUCCUCAAUCUAAGUCAUUCAUAUAACCUUGUGAAAACUCCCAACUUUUUAGAACUCCCCAAUCUUGAGAGGCUGGCGCUUAAAAAUUGUACAAGUUUGGUUGAGGUUCAUGAAUCCAUUGGACACCUUGAGAGACUUGUUUUCUUAAAUUUGGAAGACUGUAAAAAUUUGAGGAAUCUUCCGAGAAGCAUUUGUAUGCUAAAACAUUUGGAAACACUUGUCAUCUCCGGUUGCUCAAAUCUCGACAGAUUGCCGACAAACAUGGGGAAUAUGGAGUCUCUAACUAUGCUCAAGGUAGAUGGAAUUGCUUUGAAUCAAUCUCUCCCUACCAAUGGGCAGGUGAACGCAGUGCAAUCUUUCAUCUGGUCUUGGCGGUUGGAUCCAAGAAAAUGUCCGAAGAUUUCAUGGCUUUCUUUACCAUCCUCCUUGGUAGAAUUAAGUCUGGCGAACUGUAAUCUUUUAGAGGGUGAUUUCCCUGGAGACCUUAGAAACCUAUUCUCACUGACGAAACUAGAUCUAUCGUUUAAUUGCUUUCGUCGCCUCCCUGAUUUCAUCAAAGGUCUUCCGAACCUCGAGUGCUUAUAUAUAAGUCAUUGCCAAAGGCUGCGCAAACUUGAUGAGGUCCUACAACUACGUUAUUUGCGUUGUGGAGCUAAUAGAUUGCUGGGGGAAGUAACGGUUGAAAUCUCGCACCAUCCAACAACCACUUGUCAUGCGGACGCAUGCAACCAUCUAGAGACUUUGAGCUCAUUCAAAUUAGAAUCCAUAGAAAACGUUGAAGCUGAGAUUGUUAACAAUUUGGGCUUGUCGAACUUGCAAUCCAUGAGAAACGUAACUGUAGAGGGAAUGUGGUUUGGCAUGCAACAACUGGGGUUUCCCCUCCAGGUAUGUUAUGAGCCAUAUAUAAUCUACGCUUAUAAUCCUGGUAGCAAAGUUCCAACCUGCUUCAGUUUUAUGAAUCUAGGAUCCUCAAUUGAUUUUAUUGUGCCUUCAUAUCUUAAUUUGAGGAUCCGAGGCUUGAAUGUGUGUUCAAUUUUUGAGCACUCGAAUCCACAAGAAUAUGAAGCACAUACUGUCAUAAGUAAUAGGACGAAGGGCUUGGUUUGGUGCCAUCGCCCAUAUGUCUUUGGAAUUGCAGAAGAUGGUGAAGAUAUGAUGUGGUUAAGUUAUUGGAAGUUUGGAAAUCAAUUGGAAGGCGGAGAUGAAGUCAAUAUUUUAGUGUCCGGAGGUAAAUUAAAGGAGGUUGGAGUCCGCCUUAUUUGCAAGCAGGAACAAGAAGAGAUGAGCUCCCAAUUAGCCUAUGAAGAUAAAAUACUAGGAAAUAUCGUUCCAGGAAAUGUUUCUUCACAUCAGCCGAAAACAAAAUUGUACCAACUCGGCCAUCAUCACGAUUGCAAGUAUUGUGAGCAUCUGUACCCUCCACCUUGGAUCCCUGCUCCUUACGAUUAUGAUUAUACUGUGGAAUGUCUGGUUUCAAGACUUAAGAUGGCAAAACCAUUUUAUGUUUCUCAAGACCUUGGGGGUUGAUUUAUUAAACUUAACAGUUUGUAUCAACAAUAUUUGGGAAAGUCUACAAUACACACCUCUUAAAAGGGUGUACCAUAUGCACCUAUUUUAUGGUUCAUUCAUAACAUUUUAGUGUGUUUCGUAACUUUUAUUCUAGAAUUCAUAACAUUUCAGCAGUACGAUUCAUAAUAUUUUCAUUAUGAUUCAUAACAUUUUGAUGUAUUUCGUAACCUUUAUACGAUUCGUAACUUUUUAGCAAUACGAUUCGUAA